GUGGAGGCAGAAAGGCGAGCGCAUGAACAAGAGGAGAACAAGGCAAGUGAGGAAUACAUCCAGCGGCUUCUGGCAGAGGAGGAGGAGGAACACAGAUUGGCAGAAGAGAGACGGAGGGAGGUGGAGAAACAGCUGAAGCAAGAUGAAGAGUUGGCGUGGCAGCUGAGUAACAGUCUGAAUGACGAUUCCAGAGGACAUGUGCUCAGCAGUCCUUCGCCAGCAGGCAGUCUCUCAUCCGAAACGUCCCCGGCUAAUUUGUGCAAGAUGAAGAACAAACCGAGCAACUCUGGAGACAUUCAGAAGUAUCUGUCUCCAAAGCUUCAUCAUACGUUGGGAUCAGCAUCUUUCUGUAGAGCAAGAGAAAGAGGCAGGAGUGACUCUGGCUCUGUGGAGACCAACGGCAAUGAAGGUGGCAGUUCUACGUGGCAAGAUGAGCGAGAGGAAAUGCCGACACUGUCCCCACAGCUGACUGCUGUGACUAAAGAUUCCAGUGCUAAGGAUUCGUUUUUGGAAUCGUGCAUGAACUAUUUCAGCACCUCAGCUUCAGGGGAAACGGCUGCUGUUAAGCAGGAAAAAACACCAGGACCAAAUUGUCUAGGAGAUGAAGUUCCAGAUACGCUUUGUGGAAUCACGGAAGGGGAAGGGUCUAAAACAGUUUGUAGAUCCAAAGGAGAAGGUGAUGGAAUUGAGUCAGGAAGUGGCAGUUUAACACACAUAGAAAGCAUGAACCUUGAAAACUCUGCUGAAACUUGUGCCUGUAUUCAGUCAGCAACAAAUUCUGGGGUGUCUGACAGCAGAGAUGUAAUGUGUGAUCUCGUGGAGGUGGCUCAACGCUCAGAUGGGGACAAACCCGAGAGACUGCAGAACACUAAGGAGACUCCAAAAAGAAAGUCGCUGGAGCCACCGGCUGAAGGAGCGAUUGACUUGUGCGUGCUUGAUAAGAGGAGAAGAACUUCUCCAGAAAGUUCAGAGGACCAAGGGGAGCCAGAGAAUGAUUUUAACUUGCAAAUGCAGGAAGCCUUUGAGCAGGAGUUCUACAAAAGGCGUAUGCAAGAGGAGCAGGACAGGCUUCUGGCUCUGCAGCUGCAAAAACAGAUCGACAAAGAGGAAAGGACACUUAAUCGACAAAAGGGCUCUCCAGAUGAGUACCUUCUUCGUGCGAAACGACCUCAGUCUGUGAAAGACUCUCCUGCUAGAAGGGUGGCGAAAGACUCUAAGGUACCAAAAAAACAGGCUGAAACAAAUCACCGCAAGACUCGGAGAGGUUCUUGCAAUGAAAACUGGCAGUCCCCUACCAGAGUCCGAAUGAAAUCGCCCAGCAUCAAGGGAGGGAAAGUUUUGAAUUGCGUGGUUAACACCAACGAUGCAAAUGAUAUUUGUUCACUGCCCAAGAGUAAGCAAAAGACGAUCCUUCAGAUGUUUAAAAGCUCUGUGGUGGAGUAG